AUGAAGGCAGGGUCUGAUUAUGUGUCAGAGACUGGUAGCGACAGAGCAUCCGUGGUCGAUCUCUCAGAUGAUACAGAGUCUGUACCUACUGCUCACAAGAUCGGCAAUGGCGACAAAGAAUCCCUUCGCGAGGCUCUAAAGGAUAUCCUCGACAACAUGCCAGACGAAACCCACGCUGGCAAGUUGCUUCAGCCUCUCGAGGGCGGUGGCCAAGAGCGUCUCAAGGAACUGGGUACCAAGAUCAGGGCUUUCCACAAGUACUUCGCCACCUGGGAAACCCUUCACGUUGUCAACAACUCGAAAUUGGCCUAUGUUCGGGACGAUGUCAUCCAAUAUCUAGAGAACGCUCCUGAAAAAGAACUCUCCGAGGUCUCGCAGCUGGAGCGUGGAGAUAUCGUUAGAGCCUACGAGAGAUACAGAGCUUUCCUGGGACGACUGUCACACAUGUUAUUCCCUUACACAUCGCCUUACUUUGGGGAUCAUAUGGCCCUUCACUCUCACUUCCGUAAUGGCGGUCGAGGAAUUGUGCUCUCUGGAAACGACAAGCAAGCACCCUACAUUUUGACUUCGCUCAAGGUCAUUCGUAAGCUGGGGUCCAGUCUGCCCGUCGAGAUCAUGUAUCUCGAGAACGAACUCAACGAAGACUGGAGAACAAAGCUCGAAGCCGUACCAGGUGUUAUUGCCCGCAAUCUAAGCCAAAUGGUUUCUGAUGAAGGUUGGGAGCUCAAGGGCUCAGCAUCCAAACCUUUUGCUCUCCUCAUGUCUAGUUUCCGGGAGGUCAUCUAUCUGGAUGCCGAUGCCUUGUUCUUUGUCAACCCCGAAGUGCUCUUUGAGGAUCCUGGCUAUGUCGAGACUGGUACUCUCUUCUUCCGCGACAGGAUUACCUCUCCUUCGUCUCGUAAGCAGUGGCUCAAGGACAUGCUUCCCAAGCCUAUCUCGAGGAAAGCUCAGACUUCUCGCUACUGGACUGGAAAAAGCAGAGAGCAGCAGGACUCCGGGGUCCUUGUUGUGGACAAGUGGCGUCACUUUGUUGCCAUGCUGACUGUCGCCCGAAUGAACGGUCCUGACCGUGAUGACAACCCCAAGACUGGUUCCAAGGGUGUAUUCUCAUUGUUCUACGGAGAUAAAGAGACUUUCUGGCUUGGUUGGGAGCUUGCCGGAGAUACAGACUAUUGGUUCAACGAAGGCGCUACAGGCAACAUGGGCAUCACUGCAGAAGAUACAGGAAAGGCCAACGACCUCAGUGACGAACCUGAUCUCGGAGUGACCACUUCUCACGAAAAGCGCGACCUCCCAAUCCACCCCCUCUACACAAUCUCCUCCCCUCAACUCCUGCACCUCUCCACCUCCAAUCGACCACUCUGGUUCAGCGGCUGGAUCCUCGACGACAACUUUGAAGACCCAAAAGACACUGCCAUCAGCAUUUGGGAAAACUAUCUUUCCGAGACUAAGGAAACGAACGAGCCAGCAGAGUGGAGGAUUGCAGGACAUGGAAUGGCGACUCUAAAGAGUAACAAAUUGUUCAAAUUCACGGCAAAGGAAAAUGAUGCGUUGAGCAUGAUUGUGGAGACUGCGAGGGAGGUUGGUGCUGUAAGAAUGAGACGCUGA